UUUAUCGUGCUAUCCGUUCAAAAAGAUUCCGCUCAUGCUGACCCGCACCAUUUAUCCUCAAUGAUUUCAGAAGAUAUUUCUGCUAGAAAUAUUUUUGAUGCAAUUUUACCACUUGUUUCCGAGCAUGCAAGGUUCAACAACAAUAGGACAAAUUAUGAAGGUAUAAUUGAGACGCCAACCACUAAGCAAUCAAUCUCCGAUACCACCCCUACGGAUCUCCAGGUUAAUUUAAAAGGAGACACAGGCACCUGUAUGCAAUCAGCUAUUUAUACUAGACGAAAUGUGUCCCAUCCUCUAGUCAAAUUGGAGAUUCCUCCGACGAAUCACAUCAAAAUCAGCACCCCCUCUGUAGCGGCUUUAUCACACUCUGUCUUCUUAUCAGAGAAUGAUUUACCCGAGAAAAAUUUGAGUAUCGUCUCCUCCAUAGAAACAAGUGACACCAAGGAAGCUUAUUAUACUCGUGGUACUAGAUAUGGUCGGUCUUCUUGUUCCGAGAUUGUACCUGACAAGCCGAAUCCGGCAGACGAUGGAAACGAGAACUAUGUCAUAGGGCACCAAACAGGCUUGUCCAUCAAGUUUUUCCGAGGGGCAAGGAAGCAAAGAACGUGCCAAAGGCAAAGAAAUUUAGAUUUUCGUUUCGACGGGCCGAAGCCCUCGAAUCUCGGUACUAAAGAGGCGAUUUGCCUUGAGAACCUCCUUUCAGAUUGGUCCAACUCCACCCUUUUUGAACCAUUAGACUCUGUUCGCUCUAACUUUGCUCAGAGCAAAUGUGAGUUCCUUCGCUAUCCUGUGGCCCUUGCUGCGGCAAUGGCGCGCGCCCAAGACAAUUCAUAUUUGACAAACUACUAUCGAUCCGGAGGCAGUAGCCCAUGCAGCAUCAAUUCUGAAAGAUGGAAUAAUUCUUCAAAGUUGCGACUCCCUGACCAGGGAUUUCUUGAAAUUGACGAUACGCACUUUUCCUUCCCUCCUUCAGAGCCAGAUUCGCUUGCAUCUGAUUCCCAUACUAGCUUACAGGAAUCGCAAGAGUCCACUUCCCGCCCUAGGACAAAAGCUCAAUUUAAUGAAAUGUGUAGUUCGGCGAAAGUCUAUCGCAGGAAACCCACGUACUUUUUGGACUCCCAUUCGCCAUUCCUAAAACAUAAAGGCAAACCUAAACGCACGGCAAAAGUGACCAAGCGAAGGCCUUACAAGAAAAAUAGAUUGCUUUGCUCUUUUAACAAACGAAAGGGUCGUGCGAAGAAAGCGGUUAUCACCCAGCCUUGCUUAACACUCUCUCUCAGACCUAAUAAAAAUGUGAGUCGCACUUAUUCCUAG